AUGUUGUACCAUGUAACCCUUCUCACUUGCCUCCUUGCAGGUCCGGCGCUUGAGGAUAAGAAUGGAAUCAGGAGCAAACUUACCAAUCUAGUCAGGCAGAGGCAACAGGAUAGUAUGGACCCCACGCAGCCCGUAGGAACAAACCCAAUCUCAAAAUUCAAGAUGCAGUACCUCGGCCAGCAGAACCCGAACAAUAGUUGCAGCCAUCGGGACCUAGGAUUCACGGGCGAGCUACAGGGAAAAUGGUACGCCGUAUACGGUGAUACAUUGUGGUGUGCGUCUGGUGUGACAGACCCGAGCACUGAUUCGCAAGGCUUCCACGGCCUAGUCAGGGAUGCCGUAUCUCUAAUGACAGACGAUCCUCUUGUUGUGGUGGAUAUGCAUCUUAACGACGACACCCCCGUUCGACACCAAUUGCAGUUCGUGCCUUUCAACGCCGACUGGGGCGAAGAAAAUACGUACGGGUUUGGCGGAACAAGCUUAUUUGAGACCGCCGACGGAGCGGGUGGUAUUUUUUAUCUUGUUAACGCUAAUGACGCUGGUCUGAAGGGCGCCGGCGUCGCAAAAGUAGAGCUCGUAAAUGGAGAACCAACCGUGACCCAGCGCUUCGGGGACAACGGAUACUGGUGGCCAUCGGACAAUACACCCCGAUACGGCGACGUAGCUGCGUUCCGGGACCCUCGGUCCGAGUACGUGUACGCAUGGGGCGGGGCGCCAACAUCUGUCACGGAUUCUACCGACGCGCAGUACGUGUACCUACUACGUGUCAAAGCCGCCGAUGCGUACGACUUGGAUCGGUACGAGUACUGGUGGGGCCCAGACUCGGGAUGGAAGACGGGUCAACCAUUGACGGAGUUCGGAGCGCAGACGACGGUCGCAUGGCUCAUAGGCCAAGGACAGAUUGUGUGGAGCGAGUUCUACGAAUGCUAUAUUUUCGUGCAUCUAAGUCCCGGUGGUUCAGACGUGCUCCUACGUACCGCGACGUCGCUCGAAGGCCCAUGGACUCCUGACGUUAAAGUGUUCACAGCAACGCCUAUCGACGGCGGCCUAACGUAUGCUGGUGUCGCGCACCCCUAUCUCGACCCAAGUGGUCAGACUCUAAUAAUCUCGUAUACUAAUAAUAACCACAUCGAAGUUAUAAAGGUUAUAUUUUCUAAAUAA